CCGCCCCGGAAACUGGCCAACGGGAGCUGUAAAGACGGUGCUGAGGCUGAGGGCAGCGCCUGAAGCUGCACCCCGCGGGCACGCAGAGACGUGCUAGCAGCAGCCCGGGUUUCUGCCAACCCUCCCCUGCUCUGAUUCUGUGGCUGGUUGGGUGGGUGAGACAGACGCACGCAUGUUGCACGUCCGGGGCUGCCGGGGGAGUGGUUCUGCCCUGGCUGUUUGCGUCGAAGGAGAGCACCCGUGACACGCGCUGGGCUGCGGGCAGCUGACGGUUAACCGGGCGGGAGGGCGGGUUGUUGGUUUGCAGCGUGUGCUGGGGGGCCGGGCCGGCGCAGAGCCCUCCCCGCACUGCGACAACGCGGCGCACGGAGACGGGCCCGGCGGCGCAGUCAGUCGGGCCGCCCAGCCCGCCCGUCCAGUCACGUGACUCGAACCGGGCGCGGCGGUCGCCCCCUUCCUCGCGACUCGGAGGCUGGCGCCUGAGCUGCGCUCGAGCCCGUCUCCCGCUCGCGCCUUCUGCCGGUGCGGCCCGCGCGCUCCGAACCAGGAUGCGGCCGGCGGCCCCGCUUCUCUUCCUGCUCCCCAUGCUGCUGCCCCGGAGCGGGGCCAGCUCCGGGGAGCUCCCGGAAACAGUGCCUGUGCCAACAAAGGUUGAAAUAGAAUCCUUGAACUUCAAUACUGUAUUGCACUGGGAUUACAGGAGAAUGUCUACAACCCCUCGCUUUAUUGUGGAAAUCAAACCUUAUGAGCUAGGGAAAUAUAAGCCAGUCAGCACCUGCAUGAACACAACAAAACAUUAUUGUGACCUCUCUAAUGAAAUAGAAGAACUGAGUCAAUCUUACUGGGCAAAAGUUAAAGCUUUCAUUGAGUUAGAAGAGUCUAAGUAUGUUGAGACCAAAGAAUUUGUUCUGCGACGGGAUGGAAAAAUAGGACCACCUACUCUGAAUGUCUCAAUUGAGAGAGACCAAAUCAGGGUUGAGAUUCGCCACCCAUAUCGGAAACUUCCAUCUGCUGUUAGAAAAUAUAAGGACUUCACGUACAAGGUGUUUUUUCGGUCCAGUGGAGAACUGCUCCAAGAGCUUGAAGCAGAGAAAUGUAAGAAGCAUACAUGUAGCAUAUACAUUCCAGUGUUUUCUACCGGUUCCACCUACUGUGUUUCAGCUCAAGGACGUUCAUCAAUUGUUUCAGAUCGAGGAUUUUCCAAAUCAAAUGAAAGUUGCAUUCAUGUUCCUUCAAAACAGCCACUAGACUUAAAAAGUAUUAUUAUUGGUGUUACCAUUGUCUUUGGCGUUGGACUGAUUUUUGCAGUGUAUUGUCUUUGCAAGCAACUAAAGAAGAGAAACAUUGAACUACCCAAGUCUUUGGUCACUGUGGUACGAAAUCUGAACUCGCGCAACGUUUUAGAAACAAAACCAGAAGCAAAAUAUAUCUCAGUCAUAACCUCAUCAUCAUCCAAGUCAAUGUUUUUGGUGAGUGACGAGAUAAACGUGAUAGAACAAGUAGACCAAGUUAAAGAAAUAGGGACCCCUAAUUCUGAAGACUGCAGUGAAGAAUCAGAUACUGUCAGCUCCCAGGAGAUAUCAAACAAAACAGAAGAGAUGGCUAUCCAAGAAAGCAUUGCUGAAAUGACCCCUGAUGAUGAACAAAGCCCGAGAAUGAAAGAGAAUUAUUUUCAUUCUAAUAGUAGCCAAACGGAGUUAAAUUGUAUUCCUUCAAACCCAGAGCCUUCCAACACUGAGGUGCAAGAGUCCCUUGUCCUAAAGAGCUGCAACAAGUUUUCUGGUUAUGACAAACCUCAUGUGCCAGUGGAUCUCCUGAUAGAUGUUGGGGAAGAGGAGUCCGUGAUUGCAUAUAGGCAUACUGAUGAAGUGCGUGAGUCAUGAAGAGAAUCAUUGAAGACUACAGGGAUUCCCUUUGGUGUCCACAACAUAGAGAUUUAGAAGUUUAUGAACAUCUUAGUCCUAAUGGGAUUAUCAAUGUGACUUCUUAGAGCAGACUCUUAAAAUUGAAGGGGACUCAAAUGGAAACUGCAACUAAUGUUAUGUCUGAUGACAAUGCAGAAAAAGGGGAAGUGGCUCUAGGUCUCACAUUAAGCUACUUGGUGGUUUGCCUUUGACAUUUUCCUUUAGGCUAUUAAAGAACUAUCUUUAUACAAAGGAAAGAUUCUGCAGUAUCUUCUAAAUAAAGUGCAUUGAAGAAUCGUCUAUAUACCAUAUCAGUUUGGGAAUUCCCAACUCCAUGGCCAAGAACAGAUUAUAUUGGAGCCUGUUUUUUAACUAGAAGUGCUUCUGCAUGGUGGGUCAUAAAUUUGUACAUCUGCACUAAUUGCAAGACAGUAUGCCACCCCUUCAGAAUGCCCACAUUCUACAUUUGCACUUAUUGAAACAGCUAUCUCUUGUGCUUAUAGCUUUAUCCAUGUUUUGUAUACAGAAACCAUAUUGUGCAAUCAUGUCUUAUGCUAUGAGAAACCUGUAUGUUAGCAUGCUACCUGACCCUCAUUGAAAAAGACUAUUUUUGAACUCUUAUCUGCACUAUUUCUUGAAGAAGCAAUACGGUUAAGGCAGUUAUUAAAAAUGUUUAGCACUUUUCCUCUAAAGCAUUUUUAUCCUAAUUCUUAAAAGAAAUAUGUGGCUUGCUAAUAAUUCCAUUGAACUUUGUGGAAAUAACAACUGUUUUCCUAUCAAAUUAAAAAUGCCCAUUUAAUAGCAUUUUUUCAUCUUCUUGAGACAAUGGAAUAUUUUUUGGUAAUUUGAUGUAGUUAAUUAGAUCCCUUGAUGGAACUCUGAAGCAUGAAGCUAUCAAACUGAAAAUAGAAAGUUUGGAUUUUAUAUUUCAAUUCUUUAUUACUAUUUAAAGGCCUCUAAGGCUAGAUGCUUGCACUCUAAAUAUAGUUCCCCCGUAGACACGAUCUUAUUGUGUUGCCAGAAGUGUUUUGAAAUGAUUCCAAAUGAAGCUAGGAAACAAUACAGGAAAAAGGCUGGAAGUACAUAAUUUUGCAGGUAUAUAUUAUAUUCAUAGUAACAUUCAUCUUUAUUGAAUGGGUGCAUUGUGUAGAGGUAUUUUGUGUGUUUUGAAAAUGCUUAAUUCUUGCCAAAAUAUUUGCACUUUGGAGCAAACUGAAUGUUUUAAUGGGGAACCAUUAGUGAACUUCACCAAAGAACAAUAAAUGUAAAGACAGAUCUUUCACUGACAUGGACACUCACAAGCAAGGAAAUCCAGAGUUAAUUUCCACAGCAGUCAUUGUAUUAACAACCCGCCGGCCCAGUCUCCCCAAGGGAAAAAGGGUACAGUAACUCCUCACUUAACGUUGUACUUAUGUCCCUGAAAAAUGCAACUUUAAGUGAAAUGAUGUUAAACCAAUCCAAUUUUCCCAUAAAUUUUAAUGGAACCUAACCCCCCGCAUUUACAGGGAAAUUUUGGGGGGGCAGACAAAAGGCAUUCUGUACUGUACUGUGGUUGGGAAGUGCCCUGGCUUAUCCCACACAGGCACAGCCCGCUGCAGGCAAGGACGCUAGGAAGCAUCUUCGCAGCAGCAGUGGCAGCUUACCCAGAGGAGAACAGGCGCUGACUUUGCCGGGGGAUGCUCCGGGCCCGCCUCUUUCCGUCCCCGCUCUACUCCAGGCCCACCUCUUUCCGCCCCCACUCCACCUCCUCUCCAGAGCACGCCGCAUCCCCGCUCCUUCCCCACCCCCAGAAAGUCCUAAGCGCCGCCAAACAGUUGUUUGGCGGGCUUAGGACUUUCUGAGAGGGAGGAGUGGAGACCUGGGGCUUCCCCGCUCUUCCCCCUCCCUCCCAGAAAGUCCUAAGCGCCUGGAGAAGCGCUGGGAGGGAUGGGGAGGAGGCGGAGAAGAGGAACUUGUGCACUGCUACCUUGUAAAGUCGCUGCUCUUCCACAAAAUCUUACAUGCAGUGGACAGAGCAGGCAGCCAACAACGUUAUAAGGGAACAUUGCACAACUUUAAACGAGCAUGUUCCCUAAUUGAGCAGCGACGUAACUUUGAAACAACGUUAAGCGGGAGGACGUUAAGUGAGGAGUUACUGUAUUUAUCUGGUCUCAACUGCCAUAGCAUCUGUAUCUUGCUCUUCUUUCCCCUUCUCAGCCUACAGGAAAAACAGCUGAUUAGUUCAUUUGUGUGUAUGUGUAAAAUCUGAGGAAAAGCUAAGUCAGAUGUGAAUUUUGCAAUUAAGACUAAUCCAGAGACCAGUUAAAUCAGUGGAAAGAUUUCCAUUUGCAUGCCUGGCUUUUGGAUCUGGCUCUUAAUUCUAAAUGAAAUGAGACUUCUGGUCACUUUCAGCUCUUGCAAGAGUGAAUUCCAUAUUCUAGGUCUAGCCCCAAGAAAAUUCUAUUCGGUGCAUCCCUCAAGUUCCAGUAGAAGAUAGGUGAGCUGGUUGUAGAGGGAGAGGCAUUCUCAAGUUUCUUGUGCUACUGCUAUGGAGGGCUUUGGUUAUCAGGACAGAAAUUUUGAAUUGGACUGUCUUCAGUAGGAAGCCAGUGAAUGUAGUGGAACACAGUGAAGCACAAUGGCAGUCUGUGUUGCUAAGCAUUUGGACUGCUGCAUUUUGUACCAGAUGACAUUUUGGGGGGGGUUGUGGUUAUACCUAAAUAUGAAUUGUCAUCCUCAAGCCUGGAUUUCAUAAAUGUUUAGAUCACUUAGUUAAGUCUGAGACUGACAGGUUGGGGAGCAAUCUCCUUGACAAUUUCAGAUAGAAAUGGGCAGGAGUUGAAGACAAACUGCUUAAAUUGUCUUUCAUUUUGCUUAGAAAAAGUUGGACACUAAGGAUUAGUUUGCCAAAUCAUUAGGGUCCAGCAGUGGUUUCUCUGGAAUAGGUCAGACUAUUGUACAUUUUAGGGUGGCUAGCAGAUUUCCCUCUCCCUUUAGCUGAUGUCCCAGGAAUUUGCUACUCCUUUUACUAUGUAGGUAAGGCAGGAAUCAGUCAUAGGUGAUGAUCCUGAUUGGUGCCUACCUCUAAAACGAUUCUGUCAGGGGUGGGGAACCAUUUUUCUAUCAGGGGCCAUUGACCCACAGAAAAAAAAUUGGUUGUGGGCCACACACAGCCCCACAGUGGGGCACAGAGGCUUGGGGCUUCCCUGAGGCUCUGGGGUGGGGCCAGAAAUGAGGGGUUCAGGGUACAGGAGGGGGCUCUGGGCUGGGGGAGGGGGUUGGGAUGUGGGAGAGGAUGAGGGGGUGAGGGCUCCGGCUGGGGGUGUGGGUUCUGGAAUGGGGCUGGGGAUAGAAUCAUAGAAUAUCAGGGUUGGACGGGACCUCAGGAGGUCAUCUAGUCCAAUCCCCUGCUCAAAGCAGGACCAAUCCCCAACUAAAUCAUCCCAGCCAGGGCUUUGUCAAGCCUGACCUUAAAAAUAUCUAAGGAAGGAGAUUCCACCACCUCCCUAGGUAACGCAUUCCAGUGUUUCACCACCCUCCUAGUGAAAAAGUUUUUCCUAAUAUCCAACCUAAACCUCCCCCACUGCAACUUGAGACCAUUACUCCUUGUUCUGUCAUCAGCUACCACUGAGAACAGUCUAGAUUCAUCCUCUUUGGAACCCCCUUUCAGGUAGUUGAAAGCAGCUAUCAAAUCCCCCCUCAUUCUUCUCUUCUGCAGACUAAACAAUCCUAGUUCCCUCAGCCUCUCCUCAUAAGUCAUGUGGUCCAGUCCCCUAAUCAUUUUUGUUGCCCUCCGCUGGACUCUUUCCAAUUUUUCCACAUCCUUCUUGUAGUGUGGGGCCCAAAACUGGACACAGUACUCCAGAUGAGGCCUCACCAAUAUCGAAUAGAGGAGAACGAUCACGUCCCUCGAUCUGCUGGCAAUGCCCCUACGUAUACAUCCCAAAAUGCCUUUGGCCUUCUUGGCAACAAGAAGGGAUGAAGUGUGUGGGGUGCAGGAGGGGCUCAGGGCUGGGGCAGGAAGUUGGGGUGGGGGUGUGGUGUCUGAGAGUGAGUUAGGGUGUGGGAGGGGGUUCCAACCUGGGGCAGGGGGGUUGGGGUGCAGGCUCUGGCCAGAUGGCACUUAACUUAGGCAGCUCCUGGUCAGCAGCGCAGCAAGAGUAAGUCCAGCUCUCUGCCUACCCUGGCUCCACACUGCUCUCAAAAGCGGCUGGCAUGUCCGGCCCCUAGGUAGAGGUGCAGCCAGGUGGCUCUGCGUGGUGCGUGGUUCCCAGCCAAUGGGAGCUGCGGAGCUGGCGCUGGGGUUGGGGACCUCACAUGGAACUUCCCUGAUUGCCCCUGUGCCUGGGGGCCACAGGACACUGUCACAAUAUGCGGGGGCUGAGUAAACGCUAGCCUUGUAUGCUGCUAAUGCUUUUGUAAGUAAUGGAAACAAUGUAGGGAAGGGUUAAAGGUAUGAAUGCAGAUUAAAAGGUUUCGUUGCAGGUUGCAAAAGGCUGGGAAGGGGGAGGGAAAAAAAGAAAGGAACGGGUUAACUUGAUGUUCCAGCUAAACCCGAAGAUAGAAGCUGACUUUAGCCCAAGCAGGGGAAGUCCACCACACCCCCACACCCCCUGACCAGCUGUGAGAAAGGAGAAUUGUUGAACGAAUGCAGGGGCCACGAAAAGGAGCGAGACACUGAAGGCCGACGAGGGGGAAAACAACUGAUGUAGCAUCCCUAAAGCCAGGAUGUUUUGGGAAAACUGAAGAAGCCACAGAAGGCUGGUUUGGGCUGGUACACAGAGCAGGGGGAACAAAGGUCUCUGAAGGAGAUGCCCCCAAGAGACCCCAGGACUUAAAACCCUCCCGGGAGCUGAGGCAUAUCGGAGAUUGGCAGCGGACCCUGGAUGACCUGUGCACGGGACAAGAACUCCCAUCCGUCCCUCCCCCUCUUAUUCUUACGUUACACCCAGGCUUGGCCAGCCUCGGGUAGAGCGUGUGAGUAUGAAAGUGGGUUAGGGCUUGGGGCACUAACGCUUUCUUCCUUCCUCUGAGUGACGUGGGGAGCACCCGUCACUCUCCACUGUUACUUUAUUAUUUUAUCAAUAAAGCUUUAAAAUUCA